GACAGACAGACAGACAGACAAACAGAUCCAGCGAAGGAUCCCCAAAGGAGCCAGCGACGAGGACCCCGCGGUGGAGGAGAGAAGGAGGAGGCGAUCUCCUCUGGCCCCCGCAGCUUUCUUUCCUGGCCCGCGUGCGCUCUUGCGCGCUCUCUGGGCUCAGGGAGUGGGGGCCCCAGAUUCUGGGGUUCUCUUCUCGGCAAGGGACUGCUGAACUAAGGAACUUCAAGCUGGUAUCCCCAAGAAAAGGCUGUGUUGUGCAGGGGCCAGCUCUGGAACUGGAGUCACCAUGGCGGCCGGAGUGGCAGCUUGGCUGCCCUUCGCACGGGCCGCAGCCAUCGGCUGGAUGCCAGUGGCCAACUGCCCCAUGCCCCUGGCCCCAGCUGACAAGAACAAGCGACAAGAUGAACUGAUCAUCCUCAACGUGAGCGGCCGACGGUUCCAGACCUGGAGGACUACCCUGGAGCGAUACCCGGACACACUGCUGGGGAGCACAGAGAAGGAGUUCUUCUUCAACGAGGACACCAAGGAGUACUUCUUCGACCGGGACCCCGAGGUGUUCCGCUGUGUCCUCAACUUCUACCGCACGGGCAAGUUGCACUAUCCACGUUACGAAUGCAUCUCGGCCUACGACGAUGAGUUGGCCUUCUAUGGCAUCCUGCCCGAGAUCAUUGGGGACUGCUGCUAUGAGGAGUACAAGGAUCGCAAGAGGGAGAAUGCAGAGCGUCUGAUGGAUGACAAUGACUCUGAGAACAACCAGGAGGCCCUGCCAUCGCUCAGCUUCAGACAGACCAUGUGGCGGGCCUUCGAGAACCCACAUACCAGCACCUUGGCUCUGGUCUUCUACUAUGUCACAGGCUUCUUCAUCGCUGUGUCAGUCAUCACCAAUGUGGUGGAGACGGUACCCUGUGGCACGGUGCCAGGGAGCAAGGAGCUGCCAUGCGGAGAACGCUAUGCGGUGGCCUUCUUCUGCCUGGACACCGCAUGUGUCAUGAUCUUCACUGUGGAGUAUCUACUGCGACUCUUCGCGGCCCCCAGUCGCUACCGCUUUGUGCGUAGUGUCAUGAGUAUCAUAGACGUAGUGGCCAUCAUGCCCUACUACAUUGGGCUGGUCAUGACGGACAAUGAGGACGUGUCGGGGGCCUUUGUCACACUGAGGGUCUUUCGCGUGUUUCGCAUCUUCAAGUUCUCCAGGCAUUCGCAGGGCCUGCGCAUCCUGGGCUAUACCUUGAAGAGCUGCGCCUCUGAGCUGGGCUUUCUGCUCUUCUCCCUCACCAUGGCCAUUAUCAUCUUCGCCACGGUGAUGUUCUACGCCGAGAAGGGCUCCUCAGCCAGCAAGUUCACGAGCAUCCCUGCUUCCUUUUGGUACACCAUUGUCACCAUGACCACGCUGGGCUAUGGAGACAUGGUACCCAAGACUAUUGCAGGCAAGAUCUUCGGUUCCAUCUGCUCCCUGAGUGGCGUCCUGGUCAUUGCCCUGCCAGUGCCCGUGAUUGUGUCCAACUUCAGCCGGAUUUACCACCAGAAUCAGAGAGCUGAUAAACGCAGGGCACAAAAGAAAGCCCGUCUGGCCAGAAUCCGAGUGGCCAAAACGGGCAGUUCCAAUGCCUAUCUACACAGCAAGCGCAAUGGACUUCUCAAUGAGGCACUGGAGUUGUUGGGUACCCCAGAAGAAGAGCAGAUGGGAAAGACAACCUCUCUCAUUGAAAGCCAACACCACCAUCUGCUGCACUGCCUGGAAAAGACCACUGGGUUGUCCUAUCUUGUGGAUGAACCCCUGUUAUCUGUACGAACCUCCACCAUCAAGAACCACGAGUUUAUCGAUGAACAGAUGUUCGAACAGAAUUGCAUGGAGAGCUCCAUGCAGAACUAUCCAUCCACGAGAAGCCCCUCCUUGUCCAGCCACCAGGGCCUCACCACCACCUGCUGCUCCCGUCGGAGUAAGAAAACCACACACCUCCCCAAUUCCAACCUGCCAGCCACACGCCUGCGCAGCAUGCAAGAGCUUAGCACGAUCCACAUUCAGGGCAGCGAGCAGCCCUCCCUCACAACCAGUCGCUCCAGCCUUAAUUUGAAAGCAGAAGAGGGACUGAGACCAAACUGCAAGACAUCCCAGAUCACCACAGCCAUCAUCAGCAUCCCCACACCCCCAGCACUCACCCCAGAGGGGGAAAGCCGGCCUCCCCCAGCCAGCCCAGGUCCCAAUACGAACAUUCCUUCCAUAGCCAGCAACGUGGUCAAGGUCUCUGCCUUGUAAACAUCUCUGGACAAAGGGGCCGGUGCAGAUAGCGGGAGCCAAGGGGCUGGCAUGUUGGUGGGUGGCCUCCGGGACCACUGCCUCUCCUGUCCCCACUACUUCUGCCUCACCCUUACAACCCCUUGCACUGAAAUUUGUGCCUGGAAGGGAAAUGGCAGACAAGGGGUGUUUGAGGUUCACCACUGCUGCUGGUGGUGGAUUUAGCCCUGGGAAUCGGCAGCAGCUCGCUGGGGCCGGAGGAAAGUUGGUGGGGUGGGAGAUGGGACAGUGCUAGGUGUUGACUAUGUGCCAGGACAGAACCUGCACAGUGGGGAGCCCCCAGACCACACUGCAGUUGUUUCUGGAGAGCCCAGUGAGGAAAAUGCAAGAGCAAGAACAGCACAGAGACCGAGUUGUCACACGCGAAACAGGAAAAAAAAAAAUAACACUGUGUAUUUAAGCACCUUUCUUGAGGUUCCUCAUGGAUAAUAUUUAUUCAUGGGAAAAGGUGGAAAACACAAAAAGCACCAAUGGAUUUUUGUGAAACGUUUUUUCUCCAUGGACCCGAUACCUUUGAACCAAAACAAUGCAUUUUGUGAGGUUUGUUUUUCUUUUCUUUUUUUUUUUUUCCUUCUCUCCUUUUAUAGCAAAAAGCUUUUAGGAUAAGAAGUCAGUUA